AUAGUUCACAGGGAAGAGGCUUCUGAAGGUGGGUGGGACAACCUCACAGGGAAUCUCUUCCUUGAUAGGGACGAAAUCUCUCUUGCAAUCGGACAAUAAAACUCUAUUCUCUGUUUUCCCACCUUCUUUCUUUAUCAAUCACCAUCGUUGAUUCUAAGGUUGUAUUGUUAUGCUUCAUCUCUCAAUUCGGUUUUUAUGGCUUACCCUGGUGCCCUGAACUCGUUGUAUGCCUUUGUUGUUUGGAUUGCAUCAUACGCUCUUGUUGCAAUUAUUGGGUUGUUUCAGCUCUCUACUUUUAUUGGAAACUCUAUUUUCAAUCGGUAAAGCAUUUGAAGAGGGGGUUGGGAGGAUAUAGAAAGAUCAAGAUACAGUGAAAGAGAUUAUGGGUUGCACACAUUUAGUAAGUGGAAAGACUACUUAUCGCACUAGCUUAUACCAACACUUUGAAGCUGCUCGACAGACAAUUCAUACUGUGAAAUCAGAUUCUGCUUCAAAAAAAAUUAACCAUCCUGUUAUGGAAGAGCUUGGACUUGGUCCAAAUGGUGAUCUUAUGCAACACCUUGAAGAAAAAGUGAAAACUGAAGAGCUGGAAUAUUACAUAGAGGAUCAUUGUCUAGUUUUUGACAGAAAUGGGGUGAAGAUGGAUUAAAGGAGCUGCAAAUAAUUAAUUAUAGAGUGGUUUUGUUAGUAACCUUGUCCCAUGCCAAUCUUUUAAGUUCUGAUUUGGUUCAAAUCAUUCAUCCUCCAUAUGGAAUAAAAGAUACAUUCUUUAUCA